AUGGCGGCGUUCCGCGAGCUGGGGCUGGCGCCGUGGCUGGUGGCGCAGGCGCAGCAGGUGGGGCUGGGCCGCCCCACGCCCGUGCAGGCCGCGUGCAUCCCGCCCGCGCUGCAGGGUCGCGACUGCAUGGGCUGCGCCAAGACGGGCAGCGGGAAGACGGCGGCCUUCGUGCUGCCCGUGCUGCAGGCGCUCUCCGAGGACCCCUACGGCAUCUUCUGCCUCGUGCUGACGCCCACGAGGGAACUCGCCUACCAGAUCGCCGAGCAGUUCCGCGUGCUGGGGAAGCCCCUCGGCCUCAAGGACUGCGUCGUGGUGGGCGGCCUGGACAUGGUGGCCCAGGCCCUGGAGCUGUCCCGCAAGCCCCAYGUGGUCAUCGCCACGCCGGGCAGGUUGGCAGAUCACCUGCGCAGCUCCAACACGUUCAGCCUGAAGAAGCUCAGGUUCCUGGUUUUGGAUGAGGCCGACCGGCUGCUGGAGCAGGAGUGCACCGACUUCACCGAGGACCUGGAGGUGAUUCUGGCGGCGGUUCCGGCRCGAAGGCAGACGCUGCUCUUCAGCGCCACGCUCACCGACACGCUGAAGGAGCUGAAGAGCCUGGCCAUGAACGAGCCUUUCUUCUGGGAGGCUCCCUCGGAGGUGCGGACUGUGGAUGAGCUGGACCAGCGCUACUUGCUCGUGCCGGAGAUGGUCAAGGACGCCUACCUGGUCCACCUGAUCCAGACCUUCCAGGACGAGCACGAAGACUGGUCCAUUAUUGUCUUCACCAAAACCUGCAAGGAGUGCCAGGUCUUGAACAUGAUGCUCAGGAAGUUCAGUUUUCCCUCUGUGGCUCUGCACUCCAUGAUGAAGCAGCGGCAGCGAUUUGCAGCCUUGGCAAAGUUCAAGUCCAGCAUCUUUAGGAUUCUCAUUGCCACUGAUGUUGCUGCCAGAGGUUUAGACAUUCCUACAGUACAAGUUGUCAUCAACCACAAUACUCCAGGCUUGCCAAAAAUCUACAUUCACCGCGUUGGCCGGACGGCCCGUGCAGGUCGGCACGGACUAGCUAUUACGAUGGUGACGCAGUACGACAUCCAUCUGGUCCAUGCUAUCGAGGACGAAAUCAAACUGAAGCUGAAGGAGUUCUCUGUGGAGGAGCGCUUUGUGCUGGACAUCCUCACCCAGGUGUACAUCACCAGGAGGGACUGUGAAAUAAAACUGGAGGGGAUGGAUUUUGAUGAAAAGAAAGAAAUAAAUAAGCGGAAGCAACUGAUCCUUGAAGGGAAGGAUCCAGAUCUGGAGGCCAAAAGGAAGGCAGAACUGGCCAAGAUCAAGAAGAAAAACAAGCAAUUCCGUGAGAAGGUCCAGCAAACACUGGAGGAAAAAAAGCAACUGCAGCUGAAGAGGAAAGUGCAGAAGAGGAUAGAGCGGCAGAAGAGACGUCGUGCUAAGGAAGAGAAAUAACGUCCCGGGGCCUCCUCAUGGGGAGCUUGAGUGUCCUGCAGGCUGGCUCUGAGCMCCCUGACAUUGCUCCUGCUUUGGGGAUACUGGGACCUGAUGGGCUUUAGUUCUGAUCGAUCUGUGGUGGAGAGUACGGGGGAAAUGGGUGAGGGARGAUGGGACCCCCUGGAAAAAACCCUCCAGUUACUUUUCCUUYGUGUGCAAUGCUGCUUGUUUGGGGCCAUCCUGAAAAGCUGGAUCCGUUUCCUGGAAGAAUGUCCUUCAGAAGCCUGGUGCUUCCCCCAGGCCGAGAGCCAGACCUGAGCUGUUGAUGUGAAGGGGAACAAGACUUUUCCCUCUCUCCUUCAUUCAGCUGUUGCUCUUCCCCUUUCAAGGGGUAGUGCCCGACACUUGUUUGUAUCAACAGAUUCUCCCCUGAGCCAGAGACUAAAAAUACUGUGUCAAGAUCAGCUCAGUCCCUUGGCCUGGCAGAGCCCGGGCUUUUCUCCGAGAACAGUUUCCUGGAGCAGAGGGAGGCUGGACCUGGGCACUCUCCUGUGUUAAUGCUGCUCUUUAGGCAUUUACGUGGCACCUUUGGCUGUGGCUGCCUGCCUUGGUUUGGGCUUCAGCAGUGCCAGUCCCCAGACACAGGGCGGGCAUCGUGCCAGGAGGCUGCCCAGMGGGUGCUGAGCUCUUCCCAGGAUCAGGGGCUGUAAUAAUGCUUCCCCUCCA